UGCACGGGGCGGCUGCGUGCUCGAAACCCGAGCGGCGCUCGCGCAAUGUAGUCCCUCGGCUAUCCUUGACGCGGGAGCAUCGUCGUUUCGAAAGAGCCGCGACCUUCCGCCGUCGCGCGCGUUUCGUGGCAACGUCCAAGGACCGACACGCUCCGCGACGUCGGCCAACUCCUCCCGGAGCCGUUGAUUUUCGAUGGGCAGACCGCGCGAUCGCGGACGCACCCUCGAUCCUAUCGUUUCCCGCGUGUCCCCGCUCGUUUCCCUUGCCCGUCACCCCGAUAGAAUCCGAUGAUCGCGGACGGAUCGUGAAGUGCGCGCGUGCGACCCUGUUAUAGAUACCGUCGUGAUACGGAGAUGCGUUGCAGUGACGUAACCGGUGAAUUGUGAUCCGUUCGCCACCGAUCGAUGAGACACGGACGCAGCCCUGCCACUGACACGGCCAACGCGAACCGUCUUCGACGUCGGCCGUAUUCUACCGCUGCGAUCUGGACCGUCCGUUGACGGAUUUCGAGCCUGGACCACGGACAACUCGCGAGACUGGGAAUCGACCGUGGAAAUCGGGAAGUUGUCCUUAAGAAUCCCGAUCGAUCCUCGGGGAAGACGAAGAGGGACCGAAGGCUGUACCAAUUCGCGAAGCCACAACUUACGGCGGUGCUUACCGGUGAACCUUCGAGUUCGCUGUGAGAGGAGUUAGGAAUCGAAUCUCUGGUCGGAAGAUCGAGAGGUCCGCGUAAUCUACUGGCAGAAGCGCGCGGAUGAAACUGGGUGAGAUAGGAGCGAUCGAACUUGACGCCGACUUUCCGCCGCGAUUUCCUUCGAACGGUUCGCGGAGAGAACUCCGUGCCCCGAUACAAUCGAGCAUAUCGUUCCUCUGCUUCGGGAGAAGCGACUGUUCCCCGCGACCGGAUGCGACGGCACCGCUACGGAACGGCAAGAGGAAGACAGGCCCUAUCGGCCGUGAUCGCGAUCCCGACGGCGCGCGGACCUUCGCGACUCGCUUCCGCUCGAAGGGAAUAAUGUUUGAAACGAGCAUUCCGUUCGGUGAGCGGAACGUUGAAUUUUACGGUGCACUUUCGGCCAGCCGCAUCGGGUACAGUGUGGACAGUGUUGCGGAGAGACGUAACAUGUAAUGGGGACGUGUUAAAUGAUAGAGAAACGAGUGUCGAAACGUUUCAGUGCAACGGGGAGGAAAGCGGUCGAGUCGCGUGGGAUGUUAGAGACGAACGGUGUCGUUGGAUCACAGCGAUCCUGUCGUACAGUGUCCGUGUGCUUCCGUGGAUCAGCGAGACUCCUGCUCGCCGUGAAUCACUGCCGUAACGUAAGCAAUCGUGGCCGCGUCGCAACGGAACACGACCGACAGGAUAAUUAUACGGUGACCGAUGCGGGAAACUAUUAAAGCCGAUUGAAAGCUUGCCGAGUGGUCUCGAUCGAACGGCCGAUCGGUUCAGGCGGAGUCGACGUUGCGAAGCAUUAUGGUUUCCGGCGACGAUUAGGCCGUGCACCGGGAACGGAAAAGACGGAGCUCGGAAGAAUGCAGGGGGUACUCGGCGGGAUGCACGCAGAGAAACUGCGAGAAAGAAUGAUCGAUGAAACGUCUAGAGCGUUGAGGAAAUUACUUUAACGAGUCCCGCCUAAUGCAUCGCGAACGACUUUGCGGUCGUCAGUGCGACCAGAAGCAUAAUAGCGUCCACGACCACCUUUUCUCUAUAUCCCGCUAUCUCUCUUCCCCCCUUCUCUCUCCCCUUCUUCUAUCUGUCCGCCUUCCGUCUCUCUCUCUCCCUCUUUAUCUUUCUCUCCCGUUUCUGUCCAUCCUCGUGUCCGUUUCUCUCCACCCCGAUCUCUUUCUCUAACGCUUCGACCAACACGGGAUAACGCCGUGCCAACGCCAACGAAAUACUCCUGCCGUUAAUUGCUUUCAUUAGCGAAUAUCCCCGACAACGUAGCGCCGAGUAAGGUCGCGCUUUCUUCCGCGACCGCCGGGAAGCCACCUGCCCGCGAGAAACUUCACCUGCGAUCCACAGCCACCGGACGACACGGGGGGAACGAGGAAACGAGGAAUCGAAUGAAGUUGGCGGAGCCGUGCGAUCGGAAACGCAGUGCACGCGCCAGCCGGAGGUUCGCUGUUCCCCUCCUUCUCGAUGCAAACAGUGAAACAGUGUUGUCGUGACGUUCACGCGAAACAAACCUCCCGACCGUGAACCCCGAGAAGGAACUCGCGGAAUUCGGAGAUCGACGAGAGUCGCGUGAAAUGCCACGUCGUUCGAGCACCAGACGACGCUAGCAAGUUUCUCUCGGGACUCGAGGCGCGAUUCGGCAAAACGUCGCGAAAUGCGUGUGAGAUAGUAUAUCAGUAUGUGAAAGAGCCUCGCCGAGGAAAAGCGAUGUCUCCUUCUCUUCCCGUACUCGUCUGUUUUAUCGUUUCUUUUGGUGGUAUAGCAUCAUGUUUAAGAAAUUUUCGAACCGACUUUCUGGAGGAGUGGCCGACCCCUGGAACGGGACCUCAUUUCGACACCUCCAUGCAAUCAAACUUUACCGGAUUGGUGGGGAAAGAAGUGAAUCUAAUCUGCAAAGUGAAAAACCUCGGAAAUCGAACGGUUUCCUGGGUAAGACACCGGGACAUACACUUACUAACGGUCGGUCGUUACACGUACACGAGCGACCAACGCUUCGAAGCUGUGCACUACCCACACACCGAAGAGUGGACGCUGAAGAUACGAUAUCCUCACUGCAAGGAUUCCGGGAUUUAUGAGUGCCAAAUAUCAACGACACCGCCUAUCGGCCAUCCUGUUUAUCUAACGAUAGUUGAGCCAGUUACCAUUAUCGUCGGAGCUCCCGAUCUGUUCGUCAACAAAGGUAGCACCAUUAACCUGACCUGCGUGGUGAAGUACGCUCCAGAACCGCCGCCCUCGAUGACGUGGAGUCACAACACGGAGAUAAUUAAUUUCGACUCGCCGCGCGGCGGUAUCAGCUUGGUGACGGAGAAAGGGCCCGAAACGACGAGCCGGUUAAUGAUCCAGAAAGCCGUGCCGAGCGACUCCGGGAUCUACACCUGCGAGCCAAGCAACGCGAAUCCCAGCAGCAUCAAAGUACACGUUGUUAACGAGGAACAUCCGGCAGCGAUGCAUCACGGGGACGGAAGUUCGUCGUACGUCAGGGCAUGGUCGAUCGGUUUUAUAAUUUUAGUAAUAGUUAACGUACUAUUUAUAUAAGAGGAAAAGAGCGCAGCCCUCGGGCGGAACUGGCGGAACGAGCGAAGAAGAAGAAGAAGAAGAAGAAGAAGAAGAAGAAGGAACACAUACUUACCCGACACGAUAUUGCAUCGAGAUCCGAAAGGAUCGCGUCGCCUACCGAUCGUUUGCGUUCUUUCGAUAAAUAUUUGUGCAGGGUAAAACAGAAUAUUACCUACAUUUACAUUGAAUUUCCGUGACCAAAACAGUUUUCGAAUAUCAGCACGGCACAAUAAUCGGUAAGAGCGUAGUAUUUUGUUAAGAUAUAUCAUCAAGAACGAAUAACUUACGACGUCUAAAUUUAUUGUAUUAUUU